AUGUCCAAGCUACUCAAAAAGAAGGAGGUCUUCACGGUGGUGACGCCAAUCCCCAGCUACAUCCCCCGGCGUUUGGCCCUCGACAUCCUCCACUCGCACUCCGAAGUCAUUACACUCAACCCGCUGGUCCUGGGCCACACCAAGAUCAGCCCUCCCGACAAUGCGUCCCCGGACGAGAUGCACAGCACCUGGUAUGCCAUCCACGAGCGGGUACAGGUCAUCCCCGGCACCGGCAAGGUCGGGGCCAAGGAGAUCACGUUCAACGGCUGCUUCCACGACAUGCCGUGGGGGCUACAGACGCACAUCUACGCCCCGUUCGGCAUAGACAUGCGGGUUCGCUAUCGCAUCGCCGGGAACCAGCCUGGUGUAGAACCGCCAGAGCAUCGUGAGCUUGGGUUCGACUCGCUUGACAUCCCGGCGGAUGGGCUCUACCUUCGCGAGGAUAUCGAGAUCCGGUGCAACAUCAGUAUCGUGAGCUUCGUCAAAGCGCAAGCGAAAGCAGCGUCCAAGGAUAUGGUGGACAGAAUUAUUCGGAAGGCCGAGCUGCUUGAUUCCGGAGCGUUGAAGGCAAUGAUGGCCCCAGAUGGCCGGCUCAAGACGCUCAACCCCAAUGAUCUGUCGCAGAAGAAUCGCCCAGUAUCGCAGAGUCCUGCACAGCAACGAAUGUCCAUGAUACCCGAGCCACCGCAGUAUCCGCCUGAUUAUCAACCACAUCCGAUGUAUGCACAAGCCCCGGUAAUGAACCAACAAGCAACACCUCGGCAGUAUCCGACAGGCCCGGACUAUUACAACCAAUUCAACCAGCAGUACACGGCGUCGAUUCCUGGUCCAAACGAGCAACAGCAACAACAAAGAUGGGCUCCUCCGCCAAUGGAACUUCCAGGAGAUUAUUAUUAUCAGCAUGGGGGAGCGCGUUAA